AUGGAACCUCAAAACACGAUCUCGUCAAUUUAUUCUGCUUUGGAAAACAUUCCUCUUAUUUUGGCACCACAGUUUUCCGCAUUACAACCGGUAACAAUGCCUCAUGAUUUUACUCUUGAUCUACCUCCUGUGAAUAAAUAUGACUUUAAUCUUGAACGUCAUAUUAUCGCUGAUUCAGAACGGUUUCGACAAGAAAAUGCCACUUUGAUGCAAAUGCGAGCUCAAAAGCUACAAGCUCUUCAGGAUGCACGUAUACGUAAACAAAAGGAGGAAGCCAGAAAAAUAGCACCUGGAUUCUUGGAUACGGAUCAAAGACUUUUAACACCCAUGCCAAUGCACACAUCGCCCAAACGAAUUAGUCAUCAAAUAGAAAAUGGUAAUAUUGUACUCGCUGGCGGUGAAGUUAACAAUGACAAUCAAAAAGUGUUACAUGGACGUUCCGCGUCGGAUGAGUUGCCAAAUCAUGUUAGUAAACCUGCGAAAUCACUUGUUUAUCUCGAAUUUGAGGAGAGUCUUACUUUACGCGAUUCACAGGAAUCUCCAAAUACAAUUCAAAAUCAAAUAUCAACCUUGCCACAAAAUUUCAUUUCAAAUGGGCUUGCCAUGUCUUCAACUACUACUACUGGAUUGCAUGUGGGUCCAGAAACAUCAUUGGCUCCUAAUAAUUUUAACAAAUUCCAUCUUUCACCAAGAUUACAGCCAGUAAUGACACCACCUGUACAACAACAAUCACAAGCAUUUACUUUAGGGUCAUCAUUAUCAAAUAAUA